AUGGCACCACCAGGGCUCCUUAAGAAACGGGCAGUAAAUUGGCGGAACCUAGAAGCUGCGCCCGAGCAGCUGGACCAGAUCAGGUCUAAGUCCCGGGGGAUGGAUCGUGUGUGGAAUGCAUGGUGCGGCAAGCGUGCCAAAGGAAAAAAGUCGUCCCUCUGGGCCCAGCGCAUAGUGGUCGCCUGGUUCAACAAGGCGGAGUGGGACCAGGUGAUGGUUUAUCUGUUCUGUGAGGACCAUACCUUGCAGCGGUAUGCUCUGAACCGUAUCACCGUAUGGAGAAGUAGGUUAGGCAACGACCUUCCCCUGGCAGUGGCUUCUACCGCUGACCUGGUACGCUGUAAGCUCAUGGAUGUGACUGGUGGUUUGGGCAUUGAUGAACUUAGUCUGCUCUAUGGCAUGGCACUGGUCAGGUUUGUGAAUCUUAUCUCAGAGAGGAAGACAAAGUUUGUCAAGCUCCCCCUCAAGUUCCUGGCUCAGGAGGUGAACAUUCCGGAUUGGAUUGUUGAACUUCGUCAUGAGUUGACACACAAGAAAAUGCCCCAUAUAAAUGACUGUCGCCGAGGCUGCUCCUUUGUCCUUGAUUGGCUACAGAAGACCUAUUGGUGCCGCCAAUUGGAGAACAGUCUGAGAGAGUCCUGGGAGUUAGAGGAGGACAAGGAAGAGACAGAUGAAGAGGACCAACAGGAAGAUAAAAACAUUGUUGUUGAUGACAGCACAGAACAGAAACCAGAGCCUAAGGAAGAUGAAAAAGGUACAGAGCAGGAUGUCAAGGCUGAUGGAGAAGGAGACAGCAGAGAGGUGGAUUCACAUUUGGAAAAUGCUCUUAGGCGUAAAGAGCUAUAUGAAAGAGUCCGAGAACUGCUGGUAUCUUAUGAAGAGGAACAAUUUAAGGUGCUAGAGGAAUUUAGGUAUUUACCUCAGGCCAUUAAGGUGUGGAAUAACCUGUCCCCACCUAUAGAAAGCAUCCUGGCAGAGAUCAAGAGCAUUACACGGGAGAACAGUGAUGCUGUGCUGGAUGCUUUUCUGGAUGACGGCUUCCUUAUCCCCACAUUUGAGCAGUUGGCAGCCUUGCAGAUAGACUAUGAAGAUGGGCAGACUGAGGUCCAGAAAGGGGAAGGUACUGACCCAAAGUCACACAAAAACGUGGACUUGAAUGACAUCCUGGUGCCAAAGCCAUUCUCUCAAUUCUGGCAGCCCCUGCUUAGGGGCCUGCACUCCCAGACCUUCACGCAGGCCUUGCUGGAGAGGAUGCUCUCUGAGCUGCCAGCCUUGGGAGACAGCGGGAUCCGGCCAACCUACAUCCUCAACUGGAUCACUGAACUGAUCGUGGCCAACACCAAGACUGGACGAAAUGCCCGCCGCUUUUCUGCAAACCACUGGGAAGUGAGAAAGACUUGGAGACUGUUCAGCUGCUCUGCCUCCCUUAACUGGUCCCGGGUGGUUGAGUCCUGCUUAGGCUCACCUUGCUGGGCCAGCCCCAAACUCCUUCAGCUAAUCUUCAAGGCCAUGGGGUCAGUCCUGCCAGAUGAGGACCAAGAGAAACUGCUGCGCAUCUGCUCUAUUUAUACCCAGAAUGGAGAAAAGAGCCUGGAGCAGGACGACUCAAAGACUUCCACCAUCGGGAAGUCUCCAUAUACUCUGGACAGCCUGUAUUGGAACCUCAACCCACCUGACUCCAACUUGGAGUCUGAAGGAAAGGCUCAGGAGCAAGGUAGCCUUGAUGUUGACAAGAAAGAUGAGAAAGAUGAGAAAGAGGUCUUGGAAGACCAGGAAGAAGAAGAGGAUGAGGAGUAUGACCAUGAGGAGGAGCAGGAAGAUGAUGAUGAUGAUGAUGACGACGAUGAUGACGACGACGAUGAUGACGAUGAUGAGGAAGAUAGAAUGGAAGUGGAGCCUUUCUUUAUAGGGGCGGAGUCCCCCACUGCUGAGAAUAUCAGGCUCCUUACUCAGAAAAGAGGAACUUUGCAGGGAUCUGUGUGGCAAGUUAGCUCAGAAGAUGUACGAUGGGGAACAUUCCCCUUAGGUCGAAUGCCAAGUCAGACUGAGGACCCAGCGGAGCUUAUGCUGGAGAAUUAUGAUACCAUGUACCUUUUGGAUCAGCCUGUGCUAGAGCGGCGACUAGAACCCUCAAUUUGUAAGACUGGCUCCCUGGGACUAAGCUGUGGCAUUGGCAGUGCCAGCAGCAACUUCAAGGGCCUUCUCUGGAGCCAAGGGCAACUGCACAGGCUCAAAACUGGCCUUCAGCUCUUCUGA